GUUGGGCCAGAAGUGUCGGAGGCUCAGGCACUCUGCUCCCAGCCCGCCACCUCACCAUGGCCACGAAGGUAGUCAGUAGGCCCGGGGGGCUCCCCAGCAGUGGCUCCAACCUGGGCGCCGCCCGAGAGCAAGUGCAGGCGGUCACCCGAAACUACAUCACCCACCCCCGCGUCACCUACAGGACCGUGUGCAGCGUCAAUGGGCCCUUGGUGGUGCUGGACCAGGUCAAGUUUGCCCAGUAUGCAGAGAUCGUCAACUUCACUCUUCCCAAUGGGACUCAGAGGAGCGGGCAGGUGCUUGAGGUGGCUGGGACCAAGGCAAUUGUUCAGGUGUUUGAAGGGACCUCUGGGAUCGAUGCCCAGAAGACCACCUGCGAAUUCACAGGGGACAUCCUACGGACUCCGGUGUCGGAGGACAUGCUGGGUCGGGUUUUCAAUGGCUCUGGCAAACCCAUUGACAAGGGGCCAGUGGUCAUGGCAGAGGACUUCCUGGAUAUCAAUGGCCAGCCCAUCAACCCCCACGACCGCAUCUACCCUGAGGAGAUGAUUCAGACGGGCAUCUCGCCCAUCGACGUCAUGAACAGCAUUGCCCGGGGUCAGAAGAUCCCCAUCUUCUCAGCAGCUGGGCUCCCCCACAACGAGAUUGCCGCCCAGAUCUGCCGCCAGGCUGGGCUGGUGAAGAAGUCCAAGGCCGUGCUGGACUAUCACGACGAUAACUUUGCCAUUGUGUUUGCAGCCAUGGGGGUGAACAUGGAGACAGCCAGGUUCUUCAAGUCCGACUUUGAGCAGAAUGGUACCAUGGGCAAUGUCUGCCUCUUCCUGAACUUGGCCAACGACCCCACGAUCGAGCGGAUCAUCACCCCACGCCUGGCACUGACCACGGCUGAGUUCCUCGCCUACCAGUGUGAGAAGCACGUGCUCGUCAUACUGACAGACAUGAGCUCCUACGCAGAGGCCUUGCGGGAGGUCUCAGCUGCCAGAGAGGAGGUGCCCGGGCGCCGAGGCUUCCCCGGGUACAUGUACACAGACCUGGCCACCAUCUAUGAGCGGGCAGGCCGCGUGGAGGGCCGGGGCGGAUCCAUCACUCAGAUCCCCAUUCUCACCAUGCCCAAUGACGAUAUCACCCACCCAAUCCCAGACCUGACGGGCUUCAUCACAGAGGGACAGAUAUACGUGGACAGGCAGCUUCAUAACAGACAGAUCUACCCCCCCAUCAAUGUCCUCCCUUCCCUGUCGCGGCUGAUGAAGUCCGCCAUUGGGGAGGGCAUGACGAGAAAGGACCAUGGAGAUGUCUCCAACCAGCUGUAUGCCUGCUACGCCAUCGGGAAGGACGUACAGGCCAUGAAGGCAGUGGUAGGGGAGGAGGCGCUCACUUCCGAGGACCUGCUCUACCUGGAAUUCCUGCAGAAGUUUGAGAAGAACUUCAUCAACCAGGGCCCCUACGAGAAACGCUCGGUGUUCGAGUCUUUGGACCUGGGAUGGAAGCUGUUGCGCAUUUUCCCCAAGGAGAUGCUGAAGCGCAUCCCGCAGAAUAUCAUCGACGAAUUCUACUCCCGCGAGGGGGCGCCGCAGGACCCCGAGCCUGAUACAGCGCUUUAGCCCCGCCCUCAGCCUGGCCCCGGAGCACGGUCCAGCGACCGCCCGUGUCCGGCGCCCGAGUCUGCACACCUCGCCCCAUCCUCGUGGUCCACGCACCUUCACUAGCUGCUGGUGGCAACCCUCAGCACACCACCGGCUGUGGGGGGCUUCUACGCUCCAGUCCUCUCCCUGGACUCCCCGAAUUGGGAAACAGAAGGUGGUUAAGCCUAUAUUUUCUGUCUUGUUCUGAUACGGGCGUUUGUAUUUUAAAAGUACCUCCGCCCCGCCCCUCCUCGCCCCCGCAAGAAUUUAUCAUCUGUGAAAACAAGAUUGGCAAAACGUUGAUAAUUGUUGGAGCUGAUGGGAACAUAAGGUUCAUUAAACUAUUCUCUCCACCUUAAAAAAAAAAAGCCACAUGAAUGUC